AUGGUUUUCUCCGACACUAUUGCUUAAAAGUAUGUAGACCCUGCCUACGAGAAUGAAGUGUUCAGGUCAAGGCAGCACUACAAGGAGUUGCAUUAGCAUAACCCACCUCAAAGAAGAAACAGAGAUUUCAAGCCAGUAAACUACGGUUCAUUCAGAGGUAUCCUAAACUUCAAGCAUGCUGAACCAUGGGCCAUAUUCAAGAACUUAAAGGACAUUAGAGAAGAGCAUCAUAACCACCCCAUAAAGUGGGCUAAGAUCUUCUUCGGUGGAGCAGUUGCUGGUGUACUUCUCGGCUACUCCUGGUUCGUUGCUAAGCCAUAAUAAACCCUCCCACUAAGAAAGCUUUUCCAAGCAGCUGGUGAAAGACCAUGGUCUGGCAGAUAUUUCAGAUUCUAUAAGAACGUCUUACCACAAUAUGCUUUCUAUGGUGGCACCCUAGCUCUUAGCUACCAACUUGUCUUUGAUUAUCUCAAUCACCACGAGACCAAUGGUGAUAGACCAAGAUUUGUAAAUCACAUGAUUGCUGUAGUCCUUAUCUCUACAGUUGUUGGAGGACUAAUGGGCGGACUUCCCAAGUACGCCUUCGUGGGUUUCUUCACUUCACUACUUCUAACUGGCCCACUUUCUUGGUGGUUCCUUUCUACAACAUCAAAAUUCAAUCAAAACCAGAGACCAGUAAACAUCUUUUACGAGAACAACAUCACUCCAGAGGAAGUUGAAAGAAUUCAAUAAAUUGAUGAAGUUGAAACUCUCGGCAUCAGAUUGAAGAAUACCUCUACCUAUGGAUAUUUCGUGAGAGAUCAGAAGUACUUAUGA